AGGUCGCAGAUACCCCAACUCCCCCCAAGAAGGAGACCAGAUCUGUCGGGUCUCAACUUUCUAUGCCAAAACCCCAGAGAAGAUCACUUUUCACUCAGACAAAGUGGAAGACUUGUGAUAAAGAUCUUAUUUAAUAAUGAAAAACAAUUUCUCUGAAGUUUGAUACCCAGUGGAAUAGAUGGAAACCACUAUUGACUUAGUAUUUUCAAAAUGAUUUCUUUCUCUCUCCCUCUCUUUCUUUCUCUCUUUCUCCUAAAACAUGUUGUGUGUAUUCAGUUAUAUAAAUUUUAUGUUCAUGGGUAAGCAAAAAAAAAAAAUCUGAAUUUUCUCUGACUUUUCUAGGGGUACAAGCUGUUGAAAAGGUGACAACGAGAGAAAUAGGAAUAAGUUGUAAUCUACUACCAGCCCCUCCUUUAGGAGCACAACCCAUAAAUGUUCCAACACUCGACGAGUCGUUUGCCACUGAGGAAACUGACAGCAUCCAGGAUGAGGUAGAAGAUCCUGAUGAAUCCUUCCAGUCCAUCGAGUCUGAUGACACUGACGGAAGUGAUCUAGGGAAUGAUCGUGAAAGAAAGUUUCUUGUUUAUGAAGGUCAGCUCAUGGACCUAUUUGGAAAUUGUCCAUCAUGUGCACAACCAACAUAUGGGGAAAUUCAGCAGAUAAAGGGAUCAUUCAUCACUAUCACCCAGGAUUGUGGAUUUUGCGCAUUCCAGAGAACUUGGAGCAGUCAACCCUUCAUUGGUAGCAUUCCUGCUGGAAAUUUUGAACUGUCGUGUGCAUUGCUGUUCUCGGGAUCUUUACCAAGCAAAGCAACCCGGAUGUUCCAAUUUCUGAACAUGGCGUCCAUUUCCUACAGAACAUUCAUGUAUCACCAACAGUGUUAUCUACAUCCAGUAGUGAUUGAGGUGUGGAGAGACCAGCAAGCAUCGUACAUGCAAGAAGCACAGAAUUCAGGUCGACAUGUUCAUCUUGGUGGUGAUGGAAGGGCAGACACACCUGGCCAUUGUGCAAAAUUCGGAAGUUACACCCUAAUGGACCUUGAAAAGAACAUGGUGGUGGAUCUGCAGCUCAUACAGAGUAAUGAGGUUCAUGGAAGUUGCAACAUGGAGAAGGAAGGACUGAUUAGAGGAAUCAAUUACUUUGAGCAGAAUGGAGUUCCAAUUGGACAAAUCGUCACUGACAGACAUCUCCAGGUUGCCAAGUGGCUGCGGGAAAACUUGCCCGAGACAACUCACAAUAUUGAUGUCUGGCACGUUGCCAAAGGUUUGAAAAAGAAGCUCCUGGCUCUCAGUAAAGAAAAGGAGUGCGAGGACCUGAGGGAGAGUUUAGUCAACCAUUUGUACUGGGUGCCUUCCUCCACACAAGAAGAUGAAGAUGAUGAGUUGAAAUGGGAAAAGUGGACAAGCAUAACAAACCACAUCCAGAACAUACAUGAUGGUCAUGGGGAACAGUUUCAGCAGUGUGAACAUGGGGAUCUAGACCCAACUACUAGGCGAAAAAGAUGGCUUAGACCAGGAACAAAGGUGAUGGAAAAGUUGGAACUUAUAGUGAACAGCCGACAAAUGAAGAGAGAUAUCCCAAUGCUUUCACCAUCAUUUCAAACAUCAAGUUUAGAAGCGUACCACUCCAUCAUAAACCAGUUCGCCCCAAAGAUGUACAAGUUUUCAUACUUUGGAAUGCAGAGUCGCCUAACACUAGCAGCUCUUCAUUAUAAUGAAAACUCGGAAAAGGCCCAGGCAGCCACCAGAGAAGGGAAUCUGCAAUACAGCAUUGUGUUUCCAAAGCAAAAGAAGGGGGAAUUCACCGUAAAGAAAGUCAAGACUCGGAGUACUUAUGAUUAUGUUGCUGUCCUCAUGGACGCUGCAAAAAGCCGGGCCAGGGACACCAAGAUGCCACACUGUGAUGACGUUGGAGAGGCUCCACCACCACUUUGUGAACAGUUCUUACAUCCAGAGAAAGAAGAUGCAGUAGAUCAGAUGCUCACACGUUACUGAAGGAAUUAAGCCAUGUUGAAUCCCUGGUAUACACCGUCUUCUGCCGGAUAUGUGUUGCGGAUCUUUUGGACAGCACAGGCAGGAAGUGGUACGCGAACAUGCUUCCCCAACCAUCCCCAACACCAUCUGGCAAGCUGUCUGUACCC